AUGGCACCACAUAACACUGUCCAAGAUGCCGUGCAGCAGGCUUCCCUCUCUGAUCCCGCCCGGUUCUGGGACAAGCACGCAAAAGAGCUCCACUGGCACAAGCCGUACAGCACGGUCCUGCGGCAGCACACCAAGAAGCUGAAAGACGGGACGACACAUCCACACUGGUCGUGGUUCCCUGACGGCGAAAUCAGCACGACGUACAACUGCGUCGACAGGCAUGUCAAGGCCGGCAAUGGCGACAAGAUGGCGAUGAUCUGGGACUCGCCCGUCAGUGGAUCCAAGGAGAAAUACACAUACAGCCAGAUGCUGGAAGAGGUGGAAACCCUGGCGGGCGUGCUGCGAGAAGAAGGCGUCAAGAAGGGCGACGUGGUGCUCAUAUACAUGCCCAUGAUCCCGGCCGCCAUCUUUGGCAUGUUGGCGGCCGUCCGGCUGGGUGCCCUGCACGCCGUCGUGUUCGGAGGCUUCGCAGCCGCCAGUCUGGCGCAGAGGAUCGAAGCCGCGAAACCGAAAGUCAUCCUGACGGCGAGCUGCGCCAUCGAGGGCGCCAAGGGGCCCCUAGAAUACCGGCCUUUCGUGGAAGGCGCCAUUGAGCAGAGCAGUUUCAAGCCCGCCAAGACGAUCAUCUGGCAGCGGGACGUCCGACGGUGGGACCCGGUCAAGAAAGACCAGGGCCAGCGCAACUGGCAGCGUCUCGUCAAGAGCGCGCGGAACCGCGGCGUCAAGGCCGAGGCUGUCCCCGUGGCCAGCACCGACGGCCUGUACAUCAUCUACACGAGCGGCACGACGGGUCUGCCCAAGGGCGUGCUCCGCGAGGCCGGUGGCCAUGCGGUCGGUCUGAACUUGAGCAUCAAAUACCUCUUCGACGUCAAGGGGCCAGGAGACGUCAUCUUCACGGGAAGCGACAUCGGCUGGGUCGUCGGACACUCGUACAUCGUCUACGCACCGCUGUUGGCCGGGGCCACGACGAUCCUGUACGAGGGCAAACCCAUCGGCACGCCCGACGCCGGGGCCUUUUGGCGGAUCGUCGAGGAACAUAAAGUCACGACGCUGUUCACCGCGCCCACGGCCCUGAGAGCCAUCCGGAAGGAGGACCCCAACGACGACCUCUUCAAGCAACGCGGCGAGAAGGGCUCGUUGCGACACUGGCGCGCGCUGUUCCUGGCCGGCGAACGCUCCGAGCCCUCCAUCAUCACGCAUUACCAGGACUUGAUCGGCAAAUACGCCGCCCCGGACGCGAGAGUCAUCGACCACUGGUGGUCCAGCGAGAGUGGGAGUCCGAUGACGGGACUGGCCUUGCGUCCUGCCAUUGGCCUUGACCCUACCAGCCGCGAAGAGCACAAAGCGUUGGCCAUCAAGCCCGGCAGUGCAGGAAAGCCGAUGCCCGGCUGGGAUGUGCGAAUUGUCGACGACGAAGGCAACGAGGUCAAGCAAGGCAACAUGGGCAACAUUGUGCUGGGCAUGCCGUUGGCCCCGACGGGCUUCACGACGCUAUUCAACGACGACGCGCGCUUCUACAAGGGAUAUCUGAAACGGUUCCAGGGCAAGUGGAUCGACACUGGCGACGCCGGGAUGAUCGACGACGAGGGCUACGUGCAUGUGAUGAGCCGGUCGGACGAUAUCAUCAACGUGGCGGCCCAUCGAUUCAGCACAGGCGCCAUCGAACAAGCCAUCACGUCACACUCGUCCGUCGCCGAGGCCUGCGUCGUGGGCAUCCCCGACGCCAUGAAAGGCCAUUUACCCUUUGCGUUUGUCAUCCCCGCGGCCACGACGGACGCAAACCUCCCCGCCACGCCGGACAAGGAGUUCUUCACGGCCAUCAACAACAUUGUGCGCAACCAGAUCGGGGCCAUCGCGUCGCUGGGCGGCAUCAUCCAGGGGAAAGGCAUGAUCCCCAAGACGAGAAGCGGCAAGACGCUGAGGCGCGUGCUCAGGGAAUUGGUCGAGAAUGGCGUGCAGGGGAACUAUGACAAGGAAGUCAAUGUCCCUGCCACGGUUGAGGACAAGGAGGUCGUCGAGGUCGCGAGGCAGAAGGUCAAGGAGUGGUGCGAGGAGAGGAAGAAACAGCAGGGGACGGCGAAGCCGAAGUUGUAG